AAUAGAGCGGCGAUCAUGCCGACAGCUGUUCGAAAAAGAAGUUCAGACGUUGGUGCAGCGAACAAAGAACAAAGCAAGAAGAGCAAAAGAGAAGACAAUGAUGGCGAGAUUCAAGGCAAGGCUUUAACCUUGAAAGAUGUGGACAUUACAACUUCGGAACAACUUGUAAAGACUUUGAAAGGUGGACAAGAAUCUAUAAGCAAAAAGAUUGCAAUUGCAGAGGCAGCUUGGAGGGAUGAUACUGUACCUGUUCCGCGAAAAGAGCAGCUAUUGGCUGAAUGGCUUCUAGAUACGCUCAACAGAGAAGCGAGAAAUUCUAAGGACUUAAAGGCAUUUGAAUCGGUCAGCAUAUGGAGUCUACUGCUCGAGGUUCUGAGCUAUCUGGCGAAAGAGACAACGAACCAGUCUGCGGGAAGGUACCCGAUCGUUGCAUUCCUGUAUGCACUUGGAAAGGCGGUUAAUCAAGUCAAAGAUGAACAGCACAUUCAUUCUCUCCUUCGAUCUGCGAGCAAGAGCAUCCCUUUAAUCAGUGAUAACAACGUCUUGACAAUCGAAGUAUUGGUGCAUGCGUUCACAGCUUGGUUUGAUGUGGUAGGCAAACAUGCAAAUACAGGCAAUUGUGAUGACUUGGCAGUUCCGCUCUCCCUACUUAUUCGUGCUUGGACUGGCUUUUCGAACACGAAGAAGUCCAAGCAGAUUUUACUAGAAGAAGCUUUUCUAUCAUCUUUUUGUGCAGCGCUCACAAAAGCAUUCAGUCUGCCCAAUGGAACCGGCCUGCAUCUUCGAAGCCAUCUAUGUCGACUUUCAUUUGAGUCCUUCUCACCCAAUUCUCGAACCAAGAUUGAUUAUGAUAUUCUAGUCAAACAGCUUAGAAGUAUACCCGAUGCUGAUCAGGCUACGAUCGUGUUUUUGCAGCAAAGAUGUCUGCACAUCAAAAGCAACGCCACGUUGGUAGAGCAAGCAAAGGAGCGAUCGGAAAUUUGGAAUUCUAUGGCUUCGCACUUCUUAGGGCUUGCUAUAGAAGGGGUACAUCUUCAAGCUAGCACUCUGGGGUCGCUACUCAAGAUCAUCAACGAGAAGAAUCUUCAUCCCAUUGAUAGCGAUGAGGCGAAAGAGCUAUUGGUGCGAACACUGGAACAUAUCUUGUCCAGAAUUGAGCCUAGUGAAAGGAUUCAAAAUGCGUUCGAUAGCAUUCGCUUCAUUCAACAGAUAGACGAAAGUAUUAUCGACAUUGCCUCAUGGAAGAGGAUGUUCUCGUCUAUAGCACUUGCAGCACCCUCAACUUCCAGCCGCGAUUUACUCAAAUCCAUCUUGAACUCCUUCUCCCGCACACGCGCCUUGGAUCAUCUGAUAGACUUGGUUCUCAUUGGCAGCUUCGAGGAGGCAUUUUCUGCAAAACGCACAUCCAAAGAGACAGAGGAGCUAAUCUUGCAAGGGACACUAUUCGACUCUGAAUGCUGGAAUGCAUUCAUCGGACCUUCAAUGCAAAAUUUUGUCAGCAUUGAACAAGGACUUGCAAUACUUGACAAGAUUACAAGGGUAUUGUCUGAUAUUGUCUCCAAACCGCAAGACUCAGCACCGCACCUUGGCGUCGCAUUACACUUUUCAGGCCUUGUCAUCUCAUUCAUUGCUAUUCCCCAGCCAGCGAAAAAGUCGACCGCUUUGAAAUUAGGCAUUCUUUACCGGGAUCUGAUUCUACCAAUUGUGAAAAGGUCACUCGAUCAAAAGCUUCCAGAAAGAGCCACUUCAGCCGUGUUCGCCAUCGAAUGCAUCGUGAGCAGACUUGCAGCACCAACAACGUUGGAAGCCCCUCUGGAAUGGUUAGAAACAUUGGAGGAAAUAGAAUCAUCUCAGUCCACCUACCUUCUCCCAGUUGGUCAGAUAUCCGCUUAUGCUCCACUUCAAAUCCAGUUGCUCAUUGCUGUUUUGGAGAGGUGCAAUCGCGACAUGCUAAAGGGACAAUCAUUGUCAUUUUCUACUUGGGUGCAAGACUUCUUUUCCAACGGCAAGGUAAACUUCAACAAGAUUGAGCCAAUUGGUGAAAUACGAACGACAAGCCAAAUUAACGAAGCAGCAUACGUGGCGUUGGAUAUCGUCUUUUCAGCUUACUUGCUUGUUCUUGAGAGAUGUGCAGAUGACAAGCUCCUAGAGAAGCUGUCCAAAUCAGCAAGAACAAUAAUGGACAAGUAUCCCGAUUGCUCUCUGGCUACAUCGAUUCUUGUGAAUUCAGCAAAUUUAGAAUUACCACGCUGGCUGAAGCUUAUUGAACCGGCCAAGAAUACGUCAACUUCGCACGCAAAAAGCAACGAUGCGAUCUCAACUAAUGCCACAGAAAAGCUAGGAUCAUCUUUAAGCAACAUGGUGGGAAAGUUUGACCAUCUAUCCGCCAUCGAAGGUACACAAGCAGCAAAUGUGCUAUACGCUCCUACCUUUGUCCAGAAUGUUCGACAAGUCACACUGGAAGAAUACAAAGAGCAAUUGGAUAAAGUGCAAAUCGAAGAAGAUAUUCCUGCUUCCUUGCCUUUACUUCUAUGCAACGGUCCAGAAGGUUCUUUGUCGAUCGCUCAAGGUGCAUUGGAUAUAGUAUUGGCAAGAUUGGUCUGUGUGGAUGACCUUUCGAGUGUUUCGGUCGUACAAAAGCUUGAGGCAAUAGCAGAAGGCAAGACCAUCCUCUUUCGUACACGCCAAGUUAGUUCUCUUUUGGCAAUAUUUACUCGUUCAUUCGAAAAUGAAGAACAGAACCCAAAAGUGUUUUCUUCCAUUGUUGCAACUUUACUCACUUUUGUCAAACUUCGAUCCGACAUCCUUGCACCUAUCUUGCCGCAAAUCAGCCUUCUGAUGGGAAGAAUUAUUUCUCAUUUUCAGAAAAGUCCAACUUCGAAUGCACCUGGAGAAAAGAAGAUUGUUCAGGCUCGUGAAUAUACCCGACUAUGUUCUGCGAUCACCUCUAGACAAUCAAAUCUAGCACGAGGAUUCAGCUUACAUACCCUACCGAUCAUCAUGUCAUAUGUUAAAGCUUUAACAUCAAUUGAUGGGAUCGGGAUCGGUGAAACACGGUUGGAGCUGGAAAGAGGUAUCUUUGCUCUUUGCGGAAUCCUAGCAACAUGGCAGAGGGAUCUUUUGUUCGACAUGAUGUCAGAUGAGGCGGAAAGAAUCGUUGCACGAAAACUAUGGCGUAAUUUCGAAGCACAAAGAUAUAAGGGAGAAUAGAACAAUAUACAAUUGUACAUUAGUAGUCAUCAUUUUAAUCAAUGUAGUAUA